GUUGCGAUUCAAAAUAAAUUUUUUUGGAACAUCUUUGGUAGAUGAGUUUGUAAAUACUUUUAGGAAGAAGUAAGGGGGAAGAUAGCUCAUUAUGUCAAGUCAGAGCUGGAAGAGGAUACCAAGAACGUUGCAGUAUAUGCUAAGGCUAUACGAAACGGCUUCCAACUCCCUAUCAGUCUAUUCAAAUCAAGAUGUGAGAACAUUCCUACAAAGAAACUCACAAGAGUAUAAGUUCUUCCAAAGAUAUAAGUUGAUACGAUCAAAUGAAUUUGAUAAUAGUGCAUUCCCUCCCAUAAUGGCUGAAAGUAUCAAGCCAUACUUUGAUGAUAAGUUAAAAUUCAAUUCAAUUGAUGAUAUACCGACAAAGGAAUUAUUUAAUAUCCCCAAGAAUGAUAUGCUUGACUCAGAUGAUUCGAUCCAUACCAUGUAUUCAAGAACCGUAACUCAAUCUUCCGAUUACUUUGCCAGUUUAAUCUCAUUAUUUUCGUCCACAUUAUCGCCUCGAACUGAAGUUCCAAAUAUAACAUCGUUACAGAAUUCAUUUAAAUGGUAUACCAAGCUUUUAAAUAAUACUCCAAUAAUUUUCUUCCUUAGUCAGAAACAUAGAUUAUUUUCAAAUACUUCAUUGUCCAAGAUAGACAAAGCAUAUUUAGAUUUGGAGUAUGAGAUUACUGAGAUAGCGAAUGACUUAGGAAAGAAUGUUGAUAGAUCUUAUCAUUUUACAAAGUUGGGAUUAAUAGAUAUCUUUAACUUAGCAGUGAAACAUCAAGAUAAAUUCUACAAACAAAACAUAAAUGAUUUUGAUGAAAUUUUAUCUACUAUAAAUUGGCAGGAUUGUGAAGAUGAUGGAUUGUGUGAACUGUUAAUGUCUCAUAAAUUAUACGAAAUUAUAGAUAGUAAAUUCAAACCAGUGUCACAGGAAACAUUAGAUUAUUAUCUUAAUCAAAAUAAAUUUGAAAGGUUAAAAAGAGCAUUUAUCAACAAAAGAGCAAUCAGUGCUCUUCCUUAUGAUUUAAUAUAUUCCACAACUUACAUGUUAUGUAUCGAAGAUUCAGUAAUUGAUGGUGAUUAUUCCAGGAUACUUCAAACCAUCAAAUCUUCUGAUUUCGAAAUCAUUGGAGCUAGAUUAUCAUUAGAUAACCGUGUCAUACUAGAAAAUAUACCUAGAACUAUAGAAGCAGCUGAAAAUACUACUGGCUACGAUACAUUAUUACAAAAGGCCAAAACUGAUAGAACCAAAGAACCAAGUAUAAAAAGCUUAUUCUCAUUCAUUGGCCAAACCAAUCUUGUUACAGUUGAGCUAAACAACAAUGAAUCAUCAGUAUACUUCCUCCCUCCCAAAAACCCAUCACUGUAAUGAAUGAACGAAAUGUACAUAGAAUAAUUGUAUAUAAAAGGUUAAUAGAAAUAAAAAAAAGUGUAUAUAUGCAAAUUUGAUUUCUCCGCGCAUUGAAGAUCAACUUUUUCAGUGUUCAAAAUAGAGCUUAAUUCAAGUGAAAUUAGUGUGAAAGCUACCAAGACUAAUAGCUGGGAUUGUGG